AUGACGGUCCCCCCACCCUCGGGGGCCGCCCGCAGCCGCCACCCGCGGGACCCCCGCGGGCGCCGCGCCCACUGCCCGCGGCCGGCCGGGCCCUGCCCGCGCCGCCAUGGCUCCCCGUUCCCGCCUUCCGCCGCCCCGGACCCGGGCCCCGGCCUCCCUCGGCCGCCGGCGCGGCGGAGCCCGGCCGCGCCCCCCGCCCGCCGCUCACCUGCCCAGAGGAGGCCGACAGGGGGAACGGGGGUCGGCGGCGCCCGGCCCGGGCUGUCGGCUCCGCCGGGCUCCGCUCCGCCGCUGCCCGCCGCGCUGGUGCAGGGGCGGGCGGCGCUUCCUUCCCUGCCCCCGGGGAGCGGGAGGCAUGCGCCGCAGGGCUCCGGCGGGGAGGCGGGGAGGGAGCGCACCGGGCCGGGGCACAAAGGCGGCGGCGGCCGCUGGCCCCGAGAGGCGGCGCGGAGCGGAGCGGAGGGAGCCCGAGCUGAACCAAGCCGUGGGAUGUGUCGUCCUUUCGGGAUACUCCUUUCAACCUGCUCAUUCCUAAAACACACAGAGAAUCCUCUACUACCAAACCAGGUCUGACCCUGGGAAUGUGGGGCAGGACCAUGUUUCAAACCAUCAGACACAGUUACAAACUUGUAUUAAUUUAUCCGUUGCUCUUACAACAGAUAAAACAGAGCCGAUAAGACGUUUGCCUGUGUGUUCUUGUCCCUGGGAUAUGUAACAUGCUUUUAUGUUCUGAUCUGGCUCGCUUGAACGAGGCUGCUGAAAACAGCACAGCCAGCAUCUGUGUGCAGGAGGAAACAAUGGACUUGCUUUUCCUUCACUGCAGAAUUGCAGCCUGGAGGUGAGGAAACUUUGCUUCGCUCACCAUAUUCCUCCCUAAUGCCGUGGCAGAGAAAAGAAAGGGCUCUUGUAUUCGUGUAUCCUCCCGGGCCAAGUCAAUUUACAUGUGAAUGCACUUUUAAAAUAAAAUUAAAGUCA